CAUCCUUAACCUCAGGCCACACGCACAGACACACGCACGCACACACGCACGCACACGAAUCACCUGUGAGCCAAAGAAAACUACUCUACUGGAAUAAGCCCCGCCCACAGCGUGUCUUUACAUUUACCCAGUCUGAUGAUGACUCCACCCACGUGAUUAGGGGGCGUUAGCUAUAAUAUAAACUUCAUGACGGUUUGAAACGUGAGGUGACGUCAUGAGUCACGUUUAACACUUGAAAUGAGUUUUAAUAAAAGUGAUAUUAAAACAUUUACUGAGUCACGUGGUUCAAAACCUCCAGUACCUUCACUGACCUCCAAAGAACACAGGACAUCUGAACACUGUGUGCGUGCGUGUGUGUUUGUGUGCGUGUGUGUGUGUGUGACGUCGUGAACGCGCCUCGCGGUCCCGUCAGUCGCCGCAGCAGCAGCUUCAGACUAAAUUCUGAGCUUGAUCCAAAAUGGCCGACCUGACCAACAGCAGCUCAGACUACUUCCUGGACUACGAGGUUCCUGCGGACCAGGUCCCGGACACCACGCGAGGCCGGCCCUUCUUCGUGGCCUCCCUGGUCAUCGCGGUGGUGCUGGUGGGCAUCAUGUUGGUGUGUGGAGCAGGAAACUGUCUGUUCAUCGGCAGCCUCGCUCGCUACAAGCAGCUCCGGAGCCUGACCAACCUGCUGAUCGCUAACCUGGCCGUGUCCGACGUGCUGGUGGCGGCCGUGUGCUGUCCCUUCCUGCUCGACUACUACGUGGUGAAGCAGCUGUCGUGGGACCACGGCCUGCUGCUCUGCGCCGCCACCAACUACCUGCGCACCGUCUCGCUCUACGUGUCCACCAACGCGCUGCUCGCCAUCGCCGUGGACCGGUACGUGGCCAUCCUCCACCCGCUGAGGCCUCGCAUGCAGCGCCGGACGGCGUGCUGCGUCAUCCUGACCAUUUGGAUCGUCCCCAUCUUCAUCUCCGUCCCUUCGGCCUACAUGGCCUCCGAGACGCCGUACGCACACGUGGGAGGUCACGCCCACAAGACCUUCUGCGCUCAGAUCUGGCCCGUGGACCAGCAGGUCUACUACCGCUCGUACUUCCUCCUCAUCUUCGCCCUGGAGUUCGUGGGCCCCGUGACCGUCAUGGCCGUCUGCUACGUCCAGAUCUGCAGGGAGCUGUGGUUCAAGGACGUCCCGGGGUUCCAGACAGAGCAGAUCCUGAAAAGGCUCCAGAGGCGUCGAAGGACGGUGGUGGUGCUGAUUCUAGUGCUGGUCGCCUACGUCCUGUGUUGGGCGCCGUACUACGGCUUUGCCCUGCUGCGGGACUUCUACCCCACCCUCAUCUCCAGGGACAGGAACUCCCUGGUGGCCUUCUACGUCAUCGAGUGCAUCGCCAUGAGCAACGGGGUUAUCAACACCCUCUGCUUCGUGAGUGUCCGCAACAACGCCAAGCGCCUGAAGAGGGCAGGCAAGUUCCCGCUGAGGCUGGUGACCUUCGUGGCGGCCAAGUCUGUGGACGAGGGCGAGGCUCGGACGUCCUCCCUCCGCGUGACGGAGGAUGCUGAGGGGGCUCGGAGGUAACACCAACGUGGGAGGGUUCAAACAGCAGGAGGCGAGUUUCACGUGUCCAGAGACGAAACGAUCUGAUGGACGAUCUCACUCAGUUCUCCCACAAACUAACAGGAACCUGAAGUGGAUUCAGGUGAUUUUUCUUCUCUACUGCUCCUUGACCUCAGUGGAAAAGGUCAUGAGGUCAAAGGUUAAAGGAGGAUUCAUCUAUGAAUUAAAUUUAUUAUUAUUAUUAUUAUUAUUAUUAUUAUUAUUAUUAUCCGACUCCACUGACA